GCCGUUGCCUCCCUCCGCCUCACUACUUCUCCUUACACCCACUCUCUACCCUCCUUUUAUCUCUUCACCGCUCAAACCCCCAACCGAUUCCAAACCCUACACCUUAGGGUUUAUCAAUUUCAAUCUCUCUCUCUUUUUCUGAAAAAUUCAAUUUAGGGUUUUCGUCACUGUAACAGAGGCUGACCAAUUUCCAAAGAUGUCGAAGAGAAAAUUCGGAUUCGAAGGCUUUGGCAUAAACAAGCAAUCAAGCUUCGAUUUCGAGCGGUCACAGCAAGCCCCUCAGCGGCUCUACGUCCCUCCGUCGUCUCGCGGCGGAAACAGCCACGACAACUUCGAAGACACCGACCUCGACAACAUCGAUUACGACGACAACGAUGGUUCCAAUGACCCCGGGAAUGACAACAGCCACGGCGACGGUGGCGGCGGUGACGAGGAAGUAGAUCCUCUGGAUGCUUUCAUGGAGGGGAUUCACGAGGAGGUGAGGUCAGCUCCGCCGCCGAAGCCGAAAGAGAAAGCCGAGAAGUACAAGGACGAUGAGGAGGAGGAUCACAUGGAGAGUUUUCUGAGGGCUAAGAAGGACGUGAUGCUCACGCUGGCAUCGGAUGCUUUACACGCCGGAUAUGACUCCGACGAGGAGGUAUAUGCGGCCGCCAAGGCCGUCGAUGCCGGGUUGUUGGAGUACGAUUCGGAUGAUAAUCCCAUUGUUCUUGACAAGAGGAAGAUCGAGCCAAUUCCAGCUCUCGAUCAUAGUUCAAUCGACUACGAGCCUUUUAAUAAGGAUUUUUACGAGGAGAAAGAGUCGAUUUCAGGGAUGAGUGAGGAGGAUGUUUUUGAGUACAAGAAGAGCUUGGCCAUCCGUGCGUCGGGUUUUGAUGUGCCAAGGCCGGUCAAGACAUUUGAAGACUCUGGAUUUUCUUCACAGCUGAUGACUGCCAUAAAAAAACAAGACUAUGUAAAGCCGACACCGAUACAGUGCCAAGCUCUACCCAUAGCUUCCGGGAGAGAUAUCAUUGGUAUUGCGAAAACUGGUUCUGGAAAGACUGCUGCUUUUGUCCUUCCAAUGAUUGUCCACAUUAUGGAUCAGCCAGAACUUCAAAAAGAAGAGGGUCCUAUUGGAGUGAUAUGUGCACCUACUCGAGAGCUGGCGCACCAAAUAUACUUAGAGUCCAAGAAAUUUGCUAAAUCACAUGGGAUACGUGUCUCUGCUGUAUAUGGUGGAAUGUCUAAGCUUGAUCAGUUCAAAGAACUUAAGGCAGGAUGUGAAAUAGUUGUUGCUACUCCCGGGAGAUUAAUAGACAUGCUUAAAAUGAAGGCACUGACAAUGAUAAGGGCAACUUACCUAGUACUUGAUGAGGCUGAUCGGAUGUUUGACCUUGGGUUUGAGCCUCAAAUUAGGUCUAUUGUUGGUCAGAUUCGACCAGACCGACAGACAUUGCUCUUUUCUGCAACAAUGCCUCGUAAAGUUGAAAAGUUGGCUAGGGAGAUUCUCUCUGAUCCUAUAAGAGUUACAGUGGGUGAGGUGGGAAUGGCCAAUGAGGAUAUCACUCAGGUUGUUCAUGUAAUUCCCUCUGACGCUGAGAAGUUGCCCUGGCUUCUUGAGAAGUUACCUGGGAUGAUUGAUGAGGGUGAUGUUCUAGUGUUUGCUUCAAAAAAGGCUGCAGUGGAUGAGAUCGAGUCACAGCUUGCACAGAAAGGUUUUAAAGUCACAGCUCUGCAUGGUGACAAGGACCAGGCAUCUCGGAUGGAUAUUCUGCAAAAAUUUAAAUCUGGCAUUUACCAUGUUCUUGUUGCAACUGAUGUUGCUGCCCGUGGUCUUGACAUCAAGUCAAUUAAGUCAGUUGUGAACUUUGAUAUUGCAAAAGACAUGGACAUGCACGUCCAUCGAAUUGGUAGAACAGGUCGUGCUGGUGAUAAGGAUGGCACUGCAUACACUCUUAUUACACAGAAAGAGGCACGUUUUGCUGGUGAGUUGGUUAAUAGCUUGGUUGCUGCUGGUCAGAUUGUUUCCACGGAGCUCAUGGACCUUGCGAUGAAGGAUGGGAGAUUCAGGUCCAAACGUGAUUCAAGAAAAGGAGGUGGAAAGAAAGGUAGAGGGAGGGGAGGUGGUGGCGGUGGUGGUCGAGGUGUGCGUGGGGUGGAUUUUGGUCUGGGAAUUGGAUAUAAUACGGAAUCCAAUAAUUCUUCAUCGCAUACCGUUGCUAGUCGACCUGCUACAGUAACUCCUGUGAGGACAGGAAUGAUGUCACAGUUCAAGACUAAAUUCGUUGCUGCUUCAUCCAACUCUCCAAGUCAAGCUUCAGGUAACAGCUAUAGUGCACCCAGCAGACCAGCAUUACGAGGAUUUGUAUCUGGUGGUUCAAUUGGUGGGGAUGUAUAUAGAACUCAGGCAACCAGUACAAUUACUCCUGCUCUUACUCCCGCUCCUACUCCCGCUCCUACAUCUUCUCAGAACUCUGGAGUAAAUGCAAAUCAGAAGCCCUCUGAAAGUUCUAGAGAUAAACCUAGAGAAAGGCGGAGGCGCUCUGGUUGGGACUGUUGAUCAUACAGUUGAACUGCGCCACUCUCACAUGGAUGAGAAGUUUUGUUUUUGAUGUAGAAGAUCCAAGUCCUGAUAUGCCUGUAUUAUUGUUGAUCUUGCUGGAGGAAAUUACUUGUCCAGAAAUCAAAAGUUAAAAAGGACAGGAUAGAGUGUUCAAGAUCAAGUCCUCAAGUGGUCUAUACAAACGAUAUUCGAUGUUCACCCAAAAUUUUAAUUUCAAAGUAGGUAUGUUGUUGAGUGGGGAGAAGGUGAGUAGAUAUUACUUCUCUCUGUUAGAGUUAACUUGUUACUUGGCGUCACAAUUCCUGUAUGACAUUUUAUUUGAUAGUUCCUUACCACUGAGAGCCUCUUCAUCGACUUGCUUUGGAGGUUGUAGUCUAUGUUGGAUGUUUUACAGAUUUGUAAUUUAUAAGGCUUGGUUGUUGUUGUUUUCGUUGUACCGCGUGGCUGCAUUUUCCCACCAAAACUCUCCUCUCCUCGUCCAAAAACCAACAAAUCAAAGGUUUCAACUGGAGCAGAGAAGGUCACUCACCGAGCUAUGAAGGCCACUGUCGUCCGUAAUUCUUACCAAAUCAAAAGCGUGCGUGAGGCCGUCACGUAGUUGAAAUUGUAGCUAGACGUACAAACAUAGCAUUUGUAUGACCAAAGCCAAGGGAACGUAUAACUGUGUAUAUAUUUGUAUUAAGAGUAUCAAAUUAUGAGUGUGCAAA